AUGUUGCCAAACAAGAGCCAUAUCCCCGCCACGUUCCGCCUGACCGGCAUGCCGGGGCUGGAGUCCCUCUACGGCUGGAUCUCACUUCCGUUCUGCUUCAUGUUCUUCACGUCCAUCGUUGGGAACGGUCUUAUCCUUCUCGUGAUCAUCAAAGAUUACAAACUCCACCAACCCGCGUUCUUCCUUCUCUCCAUGCUGGCCGGCACCGACCUUCUCUUCACCGCGGUCACCAGCCCCUCGGUCCUCGCCAUUUUCCUGUUUGACCACAAGGUCAUCCAAUCUCAACUGUGCCUCCUGCAAAUGUUCUUCAUCCAUUCGCUCUCCAUCGUCGAGUCUUCACUCCUGGUGGCCAUGGCCUUUGAUCGAUAUGUCGCCAUUUGUCAUCCUUUAAGAUACACGUCCAUUCUUACCGGCUCUGCCGUGGCCAAGAUUGGUCUUGUCUCCGCCCUCCGAGGAACCCUACUCCAUAUCCCACCAGUGUCCAGCCUGAUGUUUCUGCCCUACUGCGAGGGUAACGCCUUGUCCCAUCCGUACUGCUUGCACCAGGAUGUGAUGAAGUUGGCUUGUCAUGGAACCAAUGCCUUCAACAUCAUGUUUGGUCUUGUGGUUAUCCUUUGUACUGUGACACUGGAUGUCGUCCUCAUUGUAUUGUCCUACAUUCUGAUAAUUCGAUCCGUCCUUCACGUCACCAAACUGGACCGUUGUAAGUUAUUUAACACCUGCGUGUCCCACCUCUGUGCUGUGGUUCUGUUCUAUGCCCCGAUGGUGGCGCUGUCCUUGGUACAUCGCUUCGGAAAAGAGGUCUCACCCUUAUUUCUGAGCCUCAUGGCCAAUUCCUACCUCUUCCUUCCAUCCAUGCUGAACCCCGUCAUCUACAGCGCCAAGAGCACACAAAUCCGUGAGGCCUUACUUCAGACAUUCCACAGAGGACCAAUGGAUUUGGAGAAGUGCCGAGAAUCAGUGGAGAAGUGCCGGGAAUUGGUGGAGAAGUGCCGGGAAUCGGUGGAGAAGUGCUUGGAAUUGGUGGAGAAGUGUCGGGAAUUGGUGGAGAAGUGUCGGGAAUCAGUGGAGAAGUGCCGGGAAUUGGUGGAGAAGUGGCGGGAAUUGGUGGAGAAGUGUCGGGAAUUGGUGGAGAAGUGUCGGGAAUCAGUGGAGAAGUGCCGGGAAUUGGUGGAGAAGUGUCGGGAAUUGGUGGAGAAGUGCCGGGAAUUGGUGGAGAAGUGCCCGGAAUCGGUGGAGAAGUGCUUGGAAUUGGUGGAGAAGUGUCGGGAAUUGGUGGAGAAGUGCCGGGAAUCGGUGGAGAAGUGCUUGGAAUUGGUGGAGAAGUGUCGGGAAUUGGUGGAGAAGUGCCGGGAAUCGGUGGAGAAGUGCUUGGAAUUGGUGGAGAAGUGUCGGGAAUUGGUGGAGAAGUGUCGGGAAUUGGUGGAGAAGUGUCGGGAAUCAGUGGAGAAGUGCCGGGAAUUGGUGGAGAAGUGUCGGGAAUUGGUGGAGAAGUGCCGGGAAUCGGUGGAGAAGUGCUUGGAAUUGGUGGAGAAGUGUCGGGAAUUGGUGGAGAAGUGUCGGGAAUCAGUGGAGAAGUGCCGGGAAUUGGUGGAGAAGUGGCGGGAAUUGGUGGAGAAGUGUCGGGAAUUGGUGGAGAAGUGUCGGGAAUCAGUGGAGAAGUGA